GUGUGGGUUUGACGAUGAUGACGCUGUUUGUUUAUUUGUUUGUUUAUUUGUCAGACGGCCUGAUGGCGUUCGUGUCUCGGUUCUCUCGGUCCCGGAGCAGCUCCAGGUCUCCCAGCAGGUCGGAGGCGGAGCGGCUGUCGCCCGCCGUGUCGGUGUCGGAGCUGGAGCGGCUGCUGUGCACCGGGAAGACCGCGUGCAACCACGCGGACGAGGUGUGGCCGCGCCUUUACAUCGGAGACCAGGACAUCGCGUCCGAUCGGCGCGCGCUGGCCAGACUGGGCGUCACGCACGUCCUGAACUGCGCACAGAGCAGGUGGCGCGGCGGCGGCGCGCACUACGCCGGUAUGAACAUCACCUACCACGGCAUCGAGGCGCACGACUCCCCCAACUUCGACAUGAGCGUCAACUUCUACCCCGCUGCAGACUUCAUCCACAAGGCCCUGACGAGCGGAGGUAAGGUGUUGGUCCACUGCACUGUGGGCGUGAGCCGCUCAGCCACACUGGUGCUGGCCUACCUGAUGAUCAGACAGAACCUGACCCUGGUGGAAGCCAUCAGAAAGGUCAAAGACCAUCGAGGGGUCACCCCCAACCGAGGUUUCCUUCGCCAACUCAACGGCUUGGACAGCAUCCUGAGAGAGAGCCGCAAGUCGCCACCAUCCAGCUGAGAAAGGAUAAGAAGAAGAA